AUAUCGCCGUCUUAUUCCUAGCAAAUGACAUAGACUGUCAAGUCGCUCGUUAACACCACACUCGUUUCAAGGCUUCCUUCAUUGUCAGCUAUUCGCUACCGACAUCACAAAUUGAAUCAUUUCAUUUCUUCACACUGGGGGCUUCUUUAAUGCUGAAUUUUCUCAUUGGAAUGUUGCAAGCAAACUUGCCUGUUCCGCCCAAACGCAGUGCGCCCUCUUCGCUUGUAUGCGAGUCCGAGACAGCACCGUCGAGCACAGGAUUAUCAGACCACAGCGUGUCGCAGCGGUUCUACCGCUCAGUAGAGUGCGAGAGCCGACAUGAGACGGCCGAAUUUCCUGACCACACUAUAGCCGAAUCAGCUGCAGUCCAGCGUCAAAUAACUCUCGAGGACACACGAAGAACCGCACUGCAUACGCUCUCGCUUUGUCGCAACGUGAUUGCUAGCCUCGAAAUAACUCGACUCAGCAAAUCCCGAACAGGUCUGCAUUACUGGCUGGGCUUCUGGGAUCGAAUCUAUGACCGUCCUUUCUCUCGUAUACUGUCGUCUCGAGUGACCAGCGCAUUGGCCAGAAUCGAUGCGCUUUUCCGCGCCGUCUCUGGCGACCUUCAUCAACUGACACGAAGAAUGCAACAUGCUGUUACAUAUGCGACAACGGAGAGAGAUAUCCUCCAUUAUCUCGAGCGAAUGGAGGAUGAAGUCAGUGCACGUCGGAGACGGAGGCGAAAGAAGGCACAGGCCAUACUGAAUAAACUGCGGGCCACUAUUGAGUCGAUUCCCGUCAAAGUCACCGAUGAGCUCUUUGAUGACCUGAAGCGUGGGGUCUUCGCCUUGGACGUGUUCUGUGACUAUCACCCAGGGGAUCCGGUGGCCGAGGAACAUGAGCGCGAGGCAUUGCGGCCCACGAGAAUGGUAGAGACCUCGCCGUACCUCCAGCCGACACAGCCGUGGCACGGAUCUGCGGCUGCAGGUGCGUAUAUGCCUUCGUCCGCAUAUACAGAUAUCAAUACAGACUGGUCGGAGUAUGUUGGAGACUGGCACACGCCAGGUAGAUCGAUUCUGGAUCUGGAUACCGAACUUCAGUUACGGUCCUGA